AUGCGGCCGCUUACUUCGUUGAUUUGCUGGCUCCUCUGGGCCCAAGCCCACCUUGCCGGGGCAGCAACCUUCUCCAACCCGCUCAAGAACCCCAAUGGCUCGGAUCCUCACAUUGUGUACACGGGUGGUUACUACUACCUGAUGACCACGACCUGGACCAACCUCCAGAUCACCCGGGCCACGACGCUGAACGGCUUGAAGACUGGGGAGACGAAGACCGUCUGGACCGACACCACGGCGUCGCGCUGCUGCAACGUCUGGGCUCCGGAGCUUCACUAUCUCGAUGGGCUCUGGUACAUCUACUACACGGCCGGCACCAGCGCCAACCUGGACGGCCAGCGUCCGCACGUGCUGAAGGGCGGCGCGUCGCCAUGGGAUGCCUACAGCUACCUGUCGCAGCUGACGAACGUGUGGGGCAUCGACGGCACCAUCGUGCGCUUCACGACGGGCAACUACUUCGUCUACUCGUGCAUGAGCAACAGCCUGCAGUCGCUGUGCAUCGCGCCGAUGAACUCGCCCGGCUCGCUCGGCACCAGCAAGGUGCUCUCGACGCCCACCGCGUCGUGGGAGACGGUCGGCGCCCCCGUGCAGGAGGGCCCCGCCGCCAUGUACCACGGCGGCAAGACGUACCUCACCUACUCGGCCAGCUACUGCUGGACCUCGAGCUACCAGCUCGGCCUGCUGACCUGGAACGGCGGCGACCCUACCUUGUCGAGCAGCUGGGCCAAGAGCGGCCCCGUCUUCAGCUCGGCGAACGGCAACUACGGAACUGGCCAUAACGGUUUCUUCCAGAGCCCCGAUGGAACCGAGAUCUGGAAUGUGUACCAUGCGACGUCCAACAGCGGCGGCGCGUGCGACGGCAACAGGUACACGGCGGCGCAGAAGGUCAACUGGAACUCGGAUGGCACGCCCAACUUCGGCAAGGCAGUUGCUUUGGGCACCAACCUUGCGGGUCCUUCUGGAGAGUAG